AGCUAGCUAGCAGACGCCGCGCCUGAAACCGCCCUACUGUGCGUGCAUGCAGUGUCAGUGCUAGUGCAGUGCAGUGGGCGUAGCACGCAUAUAAUUAUUGAACUGAAAUCUAGAUCAUAUAGAUCUACAUAAGUCAACGCAUAUUUCAGUCAGAGGAAAAAUGACCAUGGCAAGUGAAAGACUAUCCACCAAGGCUUACAGCCAGAUGCACAUUGAGGAACAUCCUGAGGGAGUCCAGGCAACUAUCAAAGGAACUAUACCAGGCUGGCUGAAAGGCAGUUUAUUACGGACUGGUCCAGGAAGGUUUGAGAUUGGCGAAUCAAAGUACAAGCAUUUCUUUGAUGGUCUGGCCCUCCUCCAUCGAUUUACCUUUGAUAAUGGCUCUGUCAAAUACUACAGCAGGUACCUGGACAGUGACGCUUACAAAGCCGCCAUGAAGGAGAACCGCAUCGUCUACACUGAAUUUGGGACAGCUGGGUUCCCCGAUCCCUGUCUCAACAUCUUCAGUCGAGCAAUGUCCACUUUUCUGACCCGCCUCAAGUUCACGGACAAUGCCAAUGUGAACUGGGUUCGGUCCGGCGACCAGUUCUACACCAUCACAGAGACUCCGCUGAUCCAGAAAAUUGACCCUGUCACUCUGGAGAAGGAGGAAACGGUUGAUAUAUCCAAGAUCAUCUCUGUCUUUACUGGAACCGCGCACCCACAUCAGAGUGCUGAUGGGACCAUCUACAACCUUGGGGUCAACUUUGGGGCGAGAAGUACCUACAAUCUCAUCAAAUUACCACCUCCAACUGAAGGUAACAAUGAGUCGAUUUACAAGGAGGCGUCCAUCGCUCUCACCAUCUCCACGACGGACACCUACCCUUCCUACUCCCACAGCUUCUUCAUGACGCCCAACUACUUCGUCCUCGUCGAACAGCCCCUCUACAUCAACAUGAUCAAGCUGGCAUCCCUGGCAGUCAUGGGCUACUCCUUCCUGGACGUCUUGGAGUUCUGCCCGGACAAACCCACCAGGUUCCACGUGGUGAGGCGCUCGGACACCGUCCCCGUUGCGACCAAGUACAUCACCGAGGCGCAGUUCUUCUUUCACCAGAUCAAUGCCUUUGAGAAGGAGGGCCACAUCGUGAUCGACAUGUGCAGCUAUAAGGACAAUGAGAUCAUGAAGAGGCUGUACCUCAAGACUCUGGAGGAGGAAGGGCUGGUAGACGUUGGGGUCCAGUGCAAGAGAUACUACUUACCCAUUGAUGUUGAGGGUUUCCAACCCGGUGACACGGUGUCAACAUUGCACAAGAACGAGACCACCGCAUACAUGGAAUCAGAAGGAACCAUCUUCUGCAAGCCAUUCGUCCUGUGUGACGUAGGCAUAGAGCUGCCAAGAAUCAACUAUGAGAAGUACAAUGGGCAACCGUACCAGUACGUGUAUGGCGUAUUAGGUACAGGUGAGCAUGAUAACAGGAUUGCCAAGAUAGAUGUCGAGGCUGGAACAAGUAAGAUAUGGUAUGAAGAUGGUUGUUACCCCUCUGAGCCUGUCUUUAUUGGAACUCCAGAGGGCCAGGAGGAGGACGAUGGCGUUGUCUUAUCAACUGUGCUAAACUUCAAUGAGGGGGGUUCCCCUUUCCUGGUUGUGCUGGACGCCAAGACCUUUACGGAGCUAGGACGGGCGGAGCUACCCAUCAAGGACAUGGCCUAUGCGAUCCACGGCUUCUUUGCAGAGGGCAUUUAGAGUCUGGCUGGCCCUCCAUUUUACGUCCUAUCUGAGGGACGGAGUAUUUUCCGUCUGCAAACCAACCUGCGUCUAUGGAACAGGAAAGGGGCACAUUCAAACUCUGCCUUGGCUGGAUUCAAACCCAGGAUUUUCAACAGGCAGAUCCUUCACCGACCGAGCCAUUUAUAAUGUUGGUUUCUUGUAUAAUAUAGAAUCUUAAUGCCAUUUAUUAAAUCAAGUGACUGAAUCAAAAAUUGUGCAAUCUAUUUUUCUGGACUUAAAGUGUGCUUCAUAUUUGCAAUUGAUAAUAAUGUUAAGAGCAUAACGAAUCUUAAAAGGUUCAAAUAUUUAUAUAAACAGGAAUUGUUGAAGCAUAUUUUGUGUACUUAGUAGGAGCUUCAUCAUCCUCUUCAUCUUACCUAUAUAAGCUUCUUUUUUUUUUAUAUACCUCAUACAUAGAUUGUCAUUCACUGAUUGGUCAAAACUAUAUCACAUGACUAUUAAGAGUAUUUCGAUCUAUCACUGCGUCAGAGGGUUUGAUAGCUACUAUCAACCCCUGUGAUAGGACUCCUAACCCCUCUGCGACUUUUGCACACAGAGCGUACAAGAUUUCAAAUGCACGCUCAAUCCAUGCAAUUUAUACGCUGGGCCGCAGUAACUGUACUUGGAUUUCUUUUAGCGUUGGAUUUGAAACUGUUUUGAGCUUCAAAAGACUAAAUAUAUUACUGUGAGGAGCAUAGAGACUCCUGAUAUUGGAUUUAUUUUCUAGACCUAUUCAUUAACCAAUGAAAAGGAUGAGGUAUAUAAAACGAAUAUGGACUGCUCUGUAUUUCGGAUGGUGGAGGAAAUUAUCAUGAGCAGUCAAUAUUUGUAUACCGGUACUAUACUCUCUCUCUCUCUCUUUCUCUCUUUCUCUCUUUUUCUUUGUCUCUACAUGUAUCCCUUUUCUUCUUCUGUGAAACUGUUCUGCGUGUGCUGUAUGUAAUGUAUGCUGAUGAGUGUUUUUGUGUGAAUAGGGGUGUGGUACAUGUAUUGAAAUGAAUGGGUGUAUGGGGGGGGGGGUAUGUUUUCACUUUUAUUACUAUUGCCUGUCAAUUAAUUUUAUUCAAAUUCCAUUUAUGUUCAUUUAUUUGUCUUUAUUUUGUACAGGGUUCCUCUUAUGAAUCUGUGCUGUCUCAAUAGUCUUUCUAAUGUUUUGUUUUAUGUAUUCUUUAUGGAGUUACAUGUCAGAGAUAUAAAUUGAAAUUGAAUUGAAUUGAAUUUAAUUGACAUUUUCAGUGUAUAACCAGUCUUGAUACAUGUACAUGUAUGUUUUAUUGCCAGCAUUUAGGUUCUUGCUUAUCUCAUGCAUUAUUAUCAAUCCGUGCAAUCCAUGUACUUUGAAGCUCCAUAAGAUAAUAUCCAUGGUCUAAAGAGUUUUCUUAUGAAGUGUACCAAGUACAAGUAUCACUAUUCAUAUACAUGUAUCUAUGACAAUGGUUGAAAGCUAGGAUGUGCCAAGUGUGGUGAUAUUUGAUGAAUUUGUGUGUAAUAUUUGUCAGUAAAAAACUCUGUGUUUAGUUUGUCAGCACAUUGUUCAACGUACUGCAUUUUUUUAAACUGAUAAGUGGUGCAAUAUUGAUAUCUAAAUUAUGUACGGUACAUGAAUGGUUUUCUUUCUUGCAUUUUAAUUUAUAUUAAAGAGUAUAAAUUUAUGUUGAGAACAUAAUAAUGCUUAUGGGCAUUGAAGAAGUAAUGGGUUUAUUACAUGACCUAUUAAUUAUACCUAUACAUAUAAGUAUGUUUUAGGUUGAUAUCUAAAUGAUUCCUUUCUCUCUAUUGUGAUCUUAUUGGGUCCUUUGGACAUAUUCUAUAUUCAUACCAUAAUUCAUUUUAUAUUGAUUGAAAGGUUGAUUAACACUUUACUUUUUUUUUAAACUUUUAACAGCAUUAUUGUAAGUGUGUUGUAUAUAUUGUUGAAAUUAUGUAUUUAAAAUUAAGGUAAAAAUUGAUAUAAUGAAAAUAUGGUAAUUAUCAUCAUUUCAAGUCAUCACACCUAAAUGGCAUAUGUUCCCCUGCCAUGCCGCUAUUAGUGCAUGUCUUAUCCAGCCUGUCACAGCAGCAUGGUACAUGGUCUGCACCGAGUCUGAUGAAGGUCUGCACUGCUUACAUGUAUAUUUGACAUUUAAUUGUCAUGGUAAACUUUACAGAUUCAUAUUUAAAAUUGUGAUGAAAAUAAAUCAUGUAACGGUACGAUACACUUUGACUCCGAAAAUUUCAAAAAACAGAUGACAUUUCUUUCCAUCCCACCUUGAAACGAUGAUGAGGGCUUUUUGUGCUGUAUGUGACAUAGUGAUAUGAUGUGUAGUUUGUGCAAACCCUGUUAUAAACAAACAAACAGAACAAGAAAAACCAUAACAGGAUUGAAAAGCCUUUAAUCUUGUCAGUUUUAGGGAAAGGCAGGGAGAGAGGGGCACAAAGCAAAAGGGCAUUAAUAUGAUCUUGGCCUUUUUUAUUUUGAGAAGGGAAUUGUGGCUAAUGAUAUGAAUAAUGGGUUGGGCAUCACUGCAAAAAAGAAGAAUAUACAAUACAUGUAAGAAGCAUGUAGUCUAACACAGAUGAAGGCUUGAAUGAUAUCGAUGGAAAAUAUAUUUAUAUUCAAUAUGUCAGUGUGCCUAGUUUUUCAAAGUUUAUUCACUCCCUUGUGGAAUGUGUGUGUCAAUAUUAGCCUGUGUCUUUAACAUUUUUCUGUCACCAUUAAUUGGGAGCAAAUGUAUUCAUAUAUAUUUUAUAUAUUUAUAUAUGUAUAUUUCCAUUCACUACCUUGCAGUCAAUAUAUGUAAGCAUGCCUUAGACAUUGCUAUGUAUGUGAAGUGUUUGUGUACUAAAGUGAUUCAUGCAAAUGUGCUGCCUUAUUGCAGAAGCUUAUUUUCAUAUACCAUUUUUCCAUGGUUGAAAUAUUUUAAACAAUCCAAUUUUUGUGAGACAGAAACCCAUCAAUAUGUGGCAUUUUUGUGAAUGAAAAUAAUUAUAAUCAAUUUUCAAAUUUGUUUAUAACAAGGCUUCAAUGGAAGAUGAAUAUACGCAUGUCAAGUUUGAAUUUACUUGUAAACUUCAUUCAUAUACAUGAACACUUUGUUUCACAAUACUUAACUAAAACAAUUAUAUAAACAAGAAAAUCAACAAGUGGUAUAAUAGUUUGUAUGCUCCGGUUCUUAAUCAAGAGAAAUAAGUCAAUUAAACAAUGCAUUUUGAAAUUCUUGCGUUAAUUUUGUCAUACCUGCAUCGAUGUAUGUAUGGUAUAGGAAGCCAAACUUCCAGUGAAUAGUCUGUGAGCAUUGUUCAAACUUAUCUUAUGAAAUAACAUUUCCAGUGAACUUUUUUUCCGUUUUGAAAGCUGAGUGAUAUACAUGUACAUUGUACAACCAUGAUUUGUAAGAAACCUACUGUAUAAAGGCAUUGAAAAAGUGCGUAUUUAAGAACUGAAGGAGCUUGGGAUAUGUUGUAAGUAAUAACAUCAAAAUUGUGAUGUACUCUUUUUAGUCUUUUAUAAUUCUUUGGGUAUACAUUUAGGUAUGUCAAUUUUAAAUGGUCAAUGUUUUUAAAGAUACUAUUUCCCAUUUGCAGCCAAAAUCAAAUUCUGUAGAACUUUGCAGGAAUUAUGAAUAAUAUUGAAUAUGUCAUGCAUGUCCUAUCUGUGAAAUCUAAACAUUAGCAGUGUCUUAAUAUUCAAAUUAUGCAAAGAAACCCGUUUACUAUUGGGACUAUAAUUGUCUAGAAGAUUCAAAGAAGUACUUAGCAGGUAAUUAUGCAUGUGCGAUGUUUAAAUUCAUGAUAGAUUUGAAGCUAUUCAUCACGGUCAAAUAGGAAAUGCAAGAAAAGGCGUGUAUUUUACUUACCAGAAUAUUUAAUCAUACUGUACCGGUAUGCUUUCCAAUGUACUGAACCUAUUUAGUGAUGAUAGUCGUAGAUAAUAAAUUCUACAGUGCCGGCACUUAAUACCCCUACCACCA